AUGAUUACGGACAAGUUGCGUCUAUAUAAUGAGAUGAUUCUUCAACAAUCCAAUAUCAAGAAGUUUACGCGAGCACCCUCCCAAGAUGUUAAGAGCAUCAUGAAUUGGCACUACAAUUACGACUAUGCUGCAAUAGCUGCUGAUGAACAGUUGUAUCUUAACGAAGAGAACGAUCUCAUCUGUGUAUUUCAGAAGGACAACACGCCUUUGCGUAGGGUGAUUGACAGUUCACUCCGGCUACGUACGCUUUCAAUUUGGAAACGAAAAACGGAGGAUAUGACAGGCUAUGAUGCUCGUUAUGUAUCCUACUACUCCGACAAGCGUAUCGAUAGAUUCGCCUCCAGUGUGAUUGUUGGUCUUGGUGCCGUGAUGCUGAUUGCACCGAUAUGGAUCCUCCAAGCGAUGAAGAGUCUCACGAUGAAAUUAGUGGUAAUAACCAUGUUUGUGUUUUUCUUCCUCCUUAUUCUGUCAUUUGCCAUGGUGGCAAAACCAUUUGAAGCCCUAGGUGCAACAGCGGCAUAUGCCGCGGUACUCAUGGUCUUUAUACAAUUUGGCGCGUAG